AUGAUCAGUGAUAUUCUUUCUCCAAUUCUCAUAUUUUGUUGGAUCAUUUUAGGAAUCCUAUCUUUCCUUGCACUUUUAGGGAAUGGAUUUAUCACAGCUGUGAUUGGUCACCAAUGGCUCCAAAAGGGGAAGAUAGCUCCUUGUGAUUUCCUCUUAUCUGCAUUGAGCACCUCCAGAUUUCUGGUGCAGUUGAUUUCUGUCUUGGGCUAUCCUGUGUAUUUCAACAUUUCAUGGUCUGAUGUUUAUUAUUAUACACUGCAAGUCAUGAACUUUACCUGGUCCUUCUUUGCCAUAGUCAACCUCUGGAGUGCCACAUGGCUCAGCAUUUUCUAUUGUGUGAAGGUCACCAACUUUCCCAAUCGUCUCUUCUUCUGGCUGAAAACAAGGAUCAACGUGCUCGCGCCCAGACUGUUAGCAAUGUCCGUUGCUGUUUCCACGAUCGUCUCUCUUCCUUCAUUUCUCAGCCAUUUUGAAAACAGAAAAUGGUGCAAUCUAACAGAAAUUCACCCUGUGAAUAACUGUCCAAAGUCAAUAGAUUUUUUUAGCCCUCUGCUGCUUGCUUUUACGGUCAUCAAUUUCAGCCUAAACGUACUGGCAUCCCUUCUUCUGCUCACCUCUCUGUGGAGGCACACAAGGAAUCUGAGGAAGAAUGGUGCUGCUCUUAAGGACCUCAGCACUCACGUCCACAUCAAGGUCAUGAAGUUUCUUCUGUUUUAUCUCUUCCUGUAUAUUUUGUAUUUCACAGGGAUGGUACUUGGUACAGCAAACAUUUUCGAGUUUGGAACACCUGGACGACUGGUCACUGAAAUUUUGCUGUCUGUUUUUUCAUCAGCACACUCCACCAUAUUAAUACUGACUCAUCCAAAACUUAAAAAAACCCUUUUGUUUGCAUUCUAA